UUGGCUACUUGAUAUUCCCCCUGCAACUCCUCCUUCUUCCCUUUUCUUUUUUGUCUGUCAGUUGAUGAUCCUCAUUUCCUCUCCUUUCAUCUUCUUCUAAAACCCUAUUCCCCCCUUUUCAUUUCCCACCUUUUCUUUUUAAUUUUAAUGGCGAUGUUGAACAUUCUACUGAUGACCGAGCUUGUCGCAUAAUGAGAAGAAACUGAAUCUAAGUUUCGUAACCCCAAAAAAAAAAAAAAAAAAAAAAAUCAAAAGGGAAGUUUCGAAUUGGAGGAGCAAACAUGGCGGUUACGGAGGAAGAAUCGUCAUCGCCGUCUUCCUCGUCGUCGUCGUCCUGGCCUGGAGCCAACUCUAAAUUACGCUCCUCUGCCUCUCACCACUCCUAUUAUCUCGCCAAGUCUGUGCUCCGUAGCAGCGUUGUUCUUCAGCUUGUCCGCGGCCACAUCCGCUCCCCUUUCUCCAACGACGUCGUCCUUGGCAAGGAAACAUCUGUAGAGCUGGUAAUUAUUGAUGACGAUGGAGCAUUGCAAUCUGUUUGUGAGCAGCCUGUUUUUGGCACAAUAAAAGAUCUUGCUAUCCUCCCUUGGAAUGAGAGGUUUCACCAUUCGCAAAACCCUCAGAUUCGGGGGAAAGACGUUCUGGUUGUAAUUUCUGAUUCAGGGAAGCUUUCCUUUCUCAGUUUUAGCAGUGAAAUGCACAGGUUUUUCCCCUUAACGCACGUGCAACUUUCGUCCCCAGGAAAUGGAAGGGAUCAAAUUGGAAGGAUGUUGGCUGUUGAUUCCAAUGGUUGUUUCAUUGCUGCAAGUGCAUAUGAGGACAAAUUGGCUCUUUUUUCAGUGUCACUUUCUUCUGGCAGUGAUGUCAUCGAUAAGAAAAUCUUUUUGCCCCCUGAAAAUCAAUGCAAUGACAAAGGUUUUCCAAGUGUUUGUGGUACUAUAUGGAGCAUGUGCUUUAUCUCAAAAGAUCUUCGUCAACAAAGUAAGGAGCGCAGCCCUCUAUUAGCAGUUAUUCUGAAUAGGAGGAUGUCAUAUUAUCGGAAUGAACUUCUUCUAUUAGAGUGGAAUCUCAGGGAGCAGGCUGUCCAUGUAAUAUUCCGUUAUGAUGAAGCUGGACCUCUAGCACAUCACGUAGUUGAAGUUCCUAAUUCUUAUGGAUUAGCUUUUCUGUUCAGGGCUGGUGAUGCACUAUUAAUGGAUUUUAGGGAUGCUCACAACCCUUCUGUAAUUUUUAGAACUAGCUUGGAUUUUAUACCGGCUUCAGUGGAAGAGCAGAAUUUUGCGGAAGAUACUGCUACAAUUAGAAUUCCCGAUAUUAUUGAUGAAGAAGGAAUGUACAGUGUUGCAGCCUCUGCAUUGCUGGAGCUGAGUGACAUGCGUAAGAGUGAUUCAAUGGAUAUUGAUGCUGACACUAGCAUAAAGCCAGGUUCUAACUAUAUUUGCUCCUGGAGCUGGGAGCCAGGGAAUGUGGACAAUCCGAGGAUGAUUUUCAGUGCAGACUCUGGAGAUCUUUUUAUGAUUGAAAUUUCUUCUGAUUCUCAUGGCCUGAAAGUAAAUCUAUCUGAUGGUCUUUACAAAAGUUUACCUUCAAAGGCAUUAUUGUGGGUUGAGGGUGGGUUUUUGGCUGCAAUUGUUGAGAUGGGUGAUGGAAUGGUUUUAAAGCUGGAAGAUGGAGGGCUAUAUUACAGAAGCCCAAUUCAAAAUAUUGCACCAAUUUUGGACAUGUCAGUUGUUGAUUAUCAUGGUGAGAAACAUGACCAAAUGUUUGCCUGUUGUGGGAUGGCACCAGAGGGUUCAUUGCGGAUUAUCAGAAGUGGUAUCAGUGUGGACAAAUUGUUGAAAACUGCCCCUAUUUAUCAUGGUAUAACUGGCACUUGGGCACUUAAAAUGAAUGUUACUGAUACGUGUCAUUCUUUCCUAGUGCUAUCAUUUGUUGAGGAGACCAGGGUGCUUUCUGUUGGUGUAAGCUUUUCUGAUGUGACAGAUUCAGUUGGUUUCCAACCAGAUGUCUGCACACUGGCAUGUGGUCUGGUGGCUGAUGGUUUGCUGGUGCAAAUCCACCAAAAUGCGGUCAGACUCUGCGUGCCUAUUAAUGUAGCCCAAUCUGAAGGUGUUCCCAUGUCUUCUCCAAGUUGUUCGUCGUGGGGUCCUGAUAAUAUGAGCAUAAGCUUAGGAGCAGUUGGGCAUAAUGUGAUAGCUGUGGCAACCUCUAGUCCCUGUGUCUUGUUUAUUCUUGGUAUCAGGUCCUUAUCAACUUAUUGUUAUGAAAUAAUCCAAAUGCAACAAGUGAGGCUGCAGAAUGAGUUGUCCUGCAUCUCAAUACCUUCAAGACAUCUAGAGCACAGAUCAUUACCAUCCCAAAUGAACUUCAGAGAUACUAGCCCUGCUGUUGGGUUGCCGUCUGGAGUGGACAUCAAUAAUGCCAUUAUCAUCGGCACACACAAACCUUCAGUUGAGGUUUUGUCAUUUUCCCCUGAUACGGGUCUGCAAAUUCUUGCUAUAGGGACCAUCUCUUUAACAAACACCAUGGGAACGAUUAUCAGUGGCUGUGUUCCUCAAGAUGUACGGCUUGUACUAGUUGAUCGGCUUUACAUUCUUUCAGGGUUGAGGAAUGGUAUGCUUCUUAGAUUUGAAUGGCCUCCUGAUUCGGCUAUCUCCCCCUCUGAUUACACAGUUAUGGGUUCCUGCUUGGUAAAUUCAUUGGGUUCAGCAAUGUCUACUCCUCCAAGCAACAGAGGGUCCUUGAGGUCCUUUUCCAGUUUCUUGGAGAAGACAAGAGACAGCUUUCCUGUUCACCUUCAGCUUAUUGCCGUUCGCCGCAUCGGCAUUACUCCUGUUUUUCUGGUUCCAUUAAGCGAUUACCUUGAUGCUGACAUAAUUGUUUUGAGCGAUAGGCCAUGGUUACUGCAGACUGCAAGGCACAGCUUGUCAUAUACAUCCAUCUCUUUUCAACCUUCUACACAUGUCACUCCAGUUUGCUCAGGAGAAUGUCCUAGGGGAAUUUUAUUUGUUGCAGAGAAUAGUCUUCAUUUGGUGGAGAUGGUGUCAAGUAAGAGGCUUAAUGUGCAGAAGUUUCAUCUUGGAGGCACACCAAGGAAGGUUUUAUACCACAGUGAAAGCAGAUUAUUACUUGUCUUGAGGACUGAAUUGCAAAAUGAUUCAUAUUCAUCUGAUGUAUGCUGUGUAGAUCCUCUCAGUGGGUCAUUAUUGUCAUCCUUUAAGUUUGAACCUGGGGAGACAGGUAAAUGCAUGGAAUUGGUAAAGGUUGGACAUGAACAUGUUUUGGUGGUUGGAACUAGCCUAUCUGCUGGCCCUGCUAUAAUGCCUAGUGGUGAAGCUGAAAGCACAAGUGGCCGUCUGAUAGUCCUAUGCCUUGAACACACACAAAAUUCAGAUACUGGAUCCGCUACAUUCAGUUCAAGGACCUUUUCAUAUUCUCAGCGAAGUUCACCAUUUCGUGAAAUUGGUGGGUGCUCUGCUGAACAGCUCUCUAGUGGUAGUAUUUGUAGCAGCCCAGAUGAUGAUAGUUCUGAUGGUAUCAAACUGGAAGAAUCUGAAGCAUGGCACUUACGAUUAACUUAUUCUACCAUUUGGCCUGGAAUGGUACUUGCUGUAUGCCCAUAUCUUGAUCGAUAUUUCUUGGCUUCUGCUGGUAAUUCUUUCUAUGUCUGUAGUUUUCCAAAUGAUAACCUCCAAAGGGUGCGGAGAUUGGCUGUAGGAAGAACACGCUUUGUGAUUAUGACGUUAACUGCACACUUUACCAGAAUUGCUGUUGGUGAUUGCCGUGAUGGCAUUCUCUUCUAUUCCUAUCAUGAAGAUGCAAGGAAACUCGAACAAGUCUAUUGUGAUCCAGUUCAGAGGCUAGUUGCUGAUUGUAUUCUUAUGGAUGUUGAUACUGCUGUUGUAUCGGAUCGGAAGGGGAGCAUUGCAGUCUUGUCUUCUUCAGACCAUUUAGAGGAUAAUGCAAGUCCAGAAUGCAACUUAACAUUGAAUUGCUCAUAUUAUAUGGGUGAAAUAGCCAUGAGCAUCAGGAAGGGAUCAUUCUCAUACAAACUUCCAGCGGAUGAUGUGUUAAGGGGAUAUGCUGUAGCUAAUACUAUCUCUGACCUCUCACAUAAUAGUAUUAUGGCCAGUACAUUAUUAGGGGGUGUUGUGAUCUUCAUUCCUGUCACAAGGAGAGAAUAUGAGCUCUUAGAAGCUGUACAAGCUAGGCUUGUGAUUCACCCGUUGACUGCGCCAAUCCUAGGCAAUGAUCAUAAUGACUUCCGUGGCCGUGAAAGUUCGGUUGGGACACGGAAGAUUCUCGACGGUGAUAUGCUGGCUCAGUUCUUGGAACUGACUAGCAUGCAACAGGAAGCCGUAUUAGCAUUACCUCUCUCCUCACUGAAUAAAGUAAUGCUGAGUACAAAACAAUCACCUCCAAGGAUCACCGUUAAUCAGGUCGUCCGACUACUUGAAAGAGUUCAUUAUGCCCUAAACUGAUCCCUAAGGUUGUGCUGGACAAGUAUUCUUGCAAAGGUUGCUGACGGAGGGAUGAGUGCUGGUUGCAGCGUUGAAUGGCCACUUGAGGUUUUUAUACUCGGUGCAAAUUCUGUCGACAUUGUUGCAAUGGUUUGUUGGUGUUGUCAAAUGCCUAUUUUUAGGAAAUGCGGACUGUCAAUGGUCAAAUACUUCUUCCUAGGCCUUGACUCGGAUGUUUUGCUUGAUGAAUAGGUAAGACGACAGUAAAAUAAGAAGUAUCUAGGGAAACGUCCUCACGGACUGAAUUUGCAGGGUACAUGCAUAGGAAUUUUUUUUCCAAAACGGCUCUCGUGCUUCCUUUUCUCUUUUCCAGAUCAAUGUAGCAUCACUUGUUUGUAAAGAACUUGCACACUUGUGCAUAGUUGAUUAAUUGUAAAUAGAUAAAAUGGUGGUUAAAGGUAGUGAAUGUUGCUUUCCAACUCAUGGGUUGUGGCUUUUGUUUGCAGUAAUCUCAAUGUAAUUGAAUGUAGACCAAAUUUUGCACAAGUUUUUUUCCAGCUAAAUAUUGUCUGUCUAUGUAGUUGGAGUGAUGAUAUCUGAAAAUGUUCCACUUGGAUGUAAAUUACCAGUUGUAUAUUUUGAA